AUGAAUCCUUGGGGCCUGCGUUGUGCCAACACGCACUGCGAGUGCCAAGUCACUUGCCGUGACUUCGGAGGAUUCUGUUGCAAGCGUGGCCACGCCAACUUCUUCCGCUACGAGAUCCACUGUCAACACUGCAGCCACGGCACCGCCCAUGAGUUCAAAUGUGUUCAAAAGCCGGCGGCUCCGAGUCUGAGGCGCGCAGUGCCUACACCGCCCAAGGAUCCUGCAGCCGAGAGCCGGAGCGCCAAUGCGGUGCACUUGAACCGAGUGGGAGAGUGGAGCUCCAAGUGGAGCGACUCGCGCUGCGCAGCGUGCAAAGAAGCGGCCAAGGAACCACCAUGUCGGACUCCCCGUCCGAAGACACGGCCCAGGACGUCGAAGAAGCCUCCCACUUCAGAUGCGCCUCCCGAGAAUCAAGAGCCUCCAGCACUUGAACCUGCCACAGCAUCUGGCAGCAAGCGCGCUGCGGCUUCGACUGGAUCGAGCACACAAAGCCGGCAGCCGCCGGCAGGUGCAAGAGAAGAAACAGUCACAGCAAUUCGGAGAGCGCCAGGGGCCAGUGUUAGUCUCAAGGACAUACGAGCUUGGGAAAAGGUGGCUCGUCUUGCAAGAGUGGCUGGCUCAGCGGUGGGCAAAAUGCGUGAGAGGCCGACGCCAUAUCCAGCCGACUUGCCCAUAGUGGCGGAUCAUGAGCAACCGAGCACCAGGUACCCAUUCCCACCAAAGCCAGCGGGCACGGUGGACUCGGUCCCAGCCCAGACAUCAGACGUCCCCAUAGCGGUGGACUUUGACUCGGAGCCAGAGCCACCACAGCCAGCAGAGCCACGAGGCACCCCCGUGGUGCCGAAACAUACGGCACCGAAAGCCGCGCACCACUUCCCUCAACCGCCACCAGGAGAACAUCAGCACCGUGAGUAUUUCGAUAAGACUCUAUCCGUGGAAUCAUGCCGGGAAGCCCAGGCCAUGAUGAGAGAUGUCAUCUCUCAUCAUGGCCUCGGCUUCGGGGCAAUGUGCUGA